UUCAAUCGAUCGAUGCAAAUAUAUGAAUAAAUGAAUCUGAUACCACCAAUCCCCGAAUCCGGCCAUAUUUGUCGCCGAAAGUGAUAUGCUUGUGCGUGCGUGUGGUAAUUUCCGCCGUGGCUGAAUAAUGAUUCCCGUGUGCUAAUGAGGCCAGCGUGUGUGUGUGUAUGAGUGUGUGUUUCGUUUGGUUUUUUUUUUUGAUAAUAAAUAGUUAUACAAACGUGCGCAACGUGUGAUUGAAAAUAUUAAUAAAAAGUAAAUAGAGCAAAAGAAUCGAAUUAAAAAUCCGCACCGCUGCUGUUUUUUUUUUCGAGCAGCUUCCGGUUGUCGUGAGGGCGUUUUUUUUUGUUUGUUUUGGCUUGGGAAGGAGAGAAAAGGAAGAAAAAGGGUUAAAAAAUUCCUCCUCCCACCGGUAUAUAUUGACCAACAACGCGGGAAUCGGUGGCCACUUCCGAUUGUUGCUACUUCCGUGCAUUCGAAUACGUUUCCGGAAAGUGUCGAGUUUGUUCGUGGAAGAGAGAAGAAAAAAAAACCGAUUUAUAGCAAAAUAAAGGCCGCAUGGCUGCACCCGGAGCAGUUGAAUCGAAGAGGUUCGGAGGCAGCAGCAUCAUGGCGUUAUUUGGUGCUCCGUCCAGCGGCGCGUUGUUGGCCAUCAUGCUGAUGGGCCUGCUGCAACUCCACGGUUGCUCCGGCGAUUAUGAAAACACGUGGAAUUUCUACUACGAGCAGCCAUGCUGCGGGAGCGGUCAAUCCAACGGAGGAGUCGGAUUCAAUGGGCAGCACCACAUUCGUCAUCACAAAGAUCAUGUCCGAGAGUUUCAGUGUGGGAAGUUUUAUUAUAGAACGUUCUACCUAGAUGAGGAACGGGAUGCCCUUUACGUCGGUGCAAUGGACCGAGUGUUCAAGCUGAACCUGAAAAACGUUAGCAUGACAUCAUGUGAGCGUGACACUAUCGUCCUGGACCCGACCAGCUCCGAUAUCCGCAACUGUGUGUCAAAGGGCAAGAGUGAGAUGUUUGACUGCAAAAACCAUAUCCGAGUGAUUCAACCAAUGGACAGCGGAAACCGUUUGUACAUUUGCGGCACAAAUGCUCACAACCCAAAGGAUCUGGUGAUAUAUUCCAACCUUACGCAUCUUUUGCGGUCGGAGUAUGUGCCCGGAAUCGGAUUGGGCAUUGCCAAGUGUCCCUACGAUCCGUACGACAACUCGACGGCCAUCUACGUGGAGAAGGGCAAUCCAGGAGAUCUACCGGCGUUGUACUCCGGAACGAAUGCCGAAUUCACGAAAGCCGACACGGUGAUAUUCCGCACCGAUCUGUACAACAUGACAACUGGCAAGAAGGUGUUUAACUUCAAGCGUACCCUGAAAUACGACUCCAAGUGGCUUGAUAAACCCAACUUUGUCGGCGCGUUCGACAUCGGCGAGCACGUGUACUUCUUCUUCCGGGAGACGGCGGUCGAGUACAUCAACUGCGGCAAGGCGGUCUACUCGCGGGUGGCGCGCGUCUGCAAGAAGGACACCGGUGGCAAGAACAUCCUCAACCAGAACUGGGCCACCUAUCUGAAGGCGCGCAUCAACUGCAGCAUAUCGGGCGAGUUUCCGUUCUACUUCAACGAGAUCCAGGACGUGUACCAGCUGCCGUCGGAUAAGACCAAGUUCUACGCCACGUUCACCACCAGCACGAACGGGCUGGUCGGGUCGGCCGUCUGCAGCUUCGACAUCAACGAAAUCCACGCUGCGUUCGCUGGAAAAUUCAAGGAGCAGGCGUCCUCCAACUCCGCCUGGCUGCCGGUGCUGAACUCGAAGAUACCGGAGCCGCGUCCGGGCACGUGCGUCAACGAUACGUCCACCCUGCCCGACUCCGUGCUCAACUUCAUCCGCUCCCACCCGCUCAUGGACAAGGCGGUCAACCACGAGCACAACAAUCCGGUCUACUACAAGCGCGAUCUCGUCUUCACCAAGCUGGUCGUUGACAAGAUUAAAAUAGAAAUUCUCAGCCAGGAGUACACCGUGUUCUACAUCGGUACGAACGCGGGCCGCAUCUACAAGAUCGUGCAGUACCUGCGCAACGGUGAAUCGAAGUCGAAGCUACUGGACAUCUUCGAGAUCGCGCAGAACGAAGCGAUCCAGGUGAUGGAGCUGAGCCAGAAGCGUAAAUCGCUGUACGUCGCCACCGACUACCGGAUCAAGCAGAUCGACCUGGCGAUGUGCAACCGACGGUACGACAAUUGCUUCCGCUGCGUAAAGGAUCCGUACUGCGGGUGGGACAAGGAUACGAGCACCUGCAAACCGUACGAACCGGGACUACUGCAGGACGUUGGAAAUGAAACGUACGACAUCUGCGACACGAGCGUGCUGAAGAAGAAAAUCAUCGUCACCUACGGCCAGAGCGUGCACCUCGGGUGCUUCGUGAAGAUACCGGAAAUACUGAAGGACCAAACGGUCACGUGGUACCAUCACUCGAAGGAGAAGGGCCGCUACGAAAUCAAGUACAACCCGACCAAGUACAUCGAAACGACGGAACGUGGGCUGGUGGUGAUUUCGGUCAAUGAAGCCGACGGCGGCCGGUACGAUUGCCAUCUCGGUGGGUCGCUGCUGUGCAGCUACAACAUCACAGUCGAUGCGCAUCGAUGCACUCCACCGAACAAGACGAACGAUUACCAGAAGAUCUACUCCGACUGGUGCCACGAGUUCGAGAAGUACAAAUCGGCCAUGAAAACCUGGGAAAAGAAGCAAGCACAAUGUUCACGACAAAACUAUAGCAAUCAACAUCCCAACGACGUGUUCGCACGGACUCCCAACGUCUGAUCUCAAGGCGCCCUCCACGAGCAGCAUCAGAUUGAACCGUGAGCGCUACACACAGAGAGAACCGAGACAGAAUACUCCUUCCCUUCAGUUUCGCCGGCCGCGGGAGAUGGCCGCAGCGGAAACCGUCACACAAGCAGAACUGAUCUAGUAGUGUAGAGCGUUCGAGGGGGCGUAAGACUUUUUUUAGAAACAAGCACUUCAACGACGGCACACAUACGCAAGAGAGAGGACAACA